GGAGGCGCUGUCCACGAGGCCCCACCUCUUCAUCGCUACUCCAUAGCGUCCGACGCCAGUCCUCAAGCGGUUGAGGGUUGUCCACUGCUUUCGGGGGCAGGUCCUGGCCAGGGACGUCCAUGGAGUCAUCGAUGUACUGGUGUAGCCUAGAUGGUUCCGCUGACUUCCACUAGUCUCUCCAUCUCGCCUUGACCCAGGCGGAUUAUUUAAUACAAUCCUUCAUUUUGUUCCCCCAGAAUCAUGUCCCGUGCCGGGGAUGAGGACAAUUUUCCUGGUUUUCCUGCCAGCGACAGCUCUAGUUUUAGCCAUAUUUGUUUGCGUGGUCUGUCGAAUGAAGAGGGUAAAGUCCCUGCUUUUUCCAGGAAUACCAGAUCCAAAACGUGUCUUCAAUGACCUCUUUGAUGAUUACAAUGGCAACUUCCAGGAAUGGAUCGGUGCUUCUAAAGAUCUAAAUGUGGACUGCCAGUCAAACUGUAUUCCAGUUGAGUGCCAGAUUGAAGAGGAGGCGGUGAGAGUGAAGACAGAGUGUGAGGAUUCUCCCGCGGAUAUGAGUGGAAGCAAGGAGCCUGCCCCACAGAGCAUGAAUGAAAACAGUGAGAGCUCCAGAGAGGAUGCAUCAACAUGCACCAACCAGUUGCUGGUCCAUCACACUGACACUAUAAACAUGUCUGCAAUUGUCAUGGAUGCCAACAUGUACAUUAGACUAUGAGACGGACGCUAGGUAAAGAAUAUGUUUUUGUUUUAAAACAUAAGUUGCACCACAGUUGGAUGUCAAUAUGAAACAGAAGGAGUUCCAGAAUGUAAUAUCAAUAGACAAUAGACAAUAGGUGCCAUUCGGCCCUUCAAUUUAUUUAUUCAAAUCGUUUGCUAUGUCGCUCUUCAAGGGAGAUGCUAAAUGCAUUUCGUUGUCUCUGUACUGUACACUGACAAUGACAAUUAAAUUGAAUCUGAAUCUGAAUCUGAAUCUGAAUCUUCGAGCCAGCACCACCAUUCAAUGUGAUCAUGGCUGAUCAUCCCCAAUCAGUACCCACCGUUCCUGCCUUCUCCCCAUGUCCCCUGACUCCGCUAUUUUUAAGAGCCCUACCUAGCUCUCUCUUGAAAGCAUUCAGAGAACCUGCCUCCACCACCCUCUGAGGCAGAGAAUUCCACAGACUCACCACUCUCUGUGAGAAAAAGUGUUUCCUGGUCUCCGUUCUAAAUAUCGAUGGCUUUGUUUAUAGAACUAAAGUUUCAGAAGGCUCUUGCAGUUCGCUGGUCAGCACGGUGGCGCAGCGGUAGAGUUGCUGCCUUACAGCGCUUACAGCACAAGGAACUGCAGAUGAUGGUUAACAGAAAAAGUGAUGGAGUAACUCAAUGGGUCAGGCAGCAUCUCUGGAGAUCAUGGAUUGAUGACAUUUCGGUUCGAGUCUGAAGAAAGGUUCUGACAUGAAACAUCACGUCCAUUUUCUUCAGCAAUGCUGCCUGACCCACUGAGUUACUCCAGCAUUUUGUGUAUUCUUUUUUGUAAUAUAAUGAAAACUAGGAAUGCAGGUGAAAUUAAAAACAGGAUCUUAAAGGUUUAUAGAGUUAGGAAGGAUUGCAAGCUGUGAAGUAAGAGAAGGGCUGUUUAAAAAAUAUCUUGUGAAUUAAAGAGUUGCCAUUCAAUUCAAACAGUUCUGAAGCUCAACAUGAAUGCUAGAGUGCCAGAGACCUGGGUUCAAUACUGACCAUAGCUCAAUGCUGUCUCCAUGGAGUUUGUACGUUCUCCCAAUGACCGCGUGGGUUUUCUCCGGGUGCUCUGGUUUCCUUCCACUUACCAAAGACGUGUAGGUUGGUUGGUUAAUUGGCUUCUGUAAAUUAUCCCUAAUGUGUCGGAUAGAACUAGUGCAUGGGUUCGUAGGUUAAUUGACUUGGGUUGGUAUACUUGGUUUCAGUGUAAAUUGACCCUAAUGUG